ACGUCAUGUCUGAGGUCGCUCGUGAAGCGUUAAGAUGGAGGGUCGCCAUUUUUUGACUUGACUUUGUAGGUUGUUUUCGGCUAAAAUGUGAGCUUUUUCUCCGUAAUUUUUUGCAUGGAGAUUUUCACAUUGUUGGCCUAUAUCAUGUUUUCUUUGGGACGUCUCUAGCUGAUUCAUGGCCGAGGGAGUCGACAAUGAUAUGAGCGAACAUCAACGCGGACAGGGCGCUCCGCAUGGCAAGGAGGCGGUUCGCUCUUCUGAAGUAGAGGUUGCCAUCUCGUCUACAAACUCUCAAACUAGAGUUCAAACUCGGCCUUCAUCAGUGGGAACUAAUACGGGACCAAAUCCCGCUCACAAGAAAAAGAGUUCUUUUCAAAUUACCAGUGUCACCGAAAGCAAAAUCCCCAACCGUGGCGAUAGCAAUGGAUACGAUGGCGAACUGAACGAAAGCGAUAUAGUGGACGAAGUCGAAGUAGAACUUGAUCCUUUUGUAGAUCCAGGAACUGCAAAUGGCAACGGUGGAUCUAGGUUCAAAGUAGUUAAAAUUCAAAGAAAUGAAUCCUUUGUACGCGGUAGAUGGAAAUGUCACGAUUAUCCUGAUGCGGAAUCUGCUCAGAAUUCUUCAGGUAGUGUUUCUGCAACGGGCUCUACUAAUAUUUCUACCCAUGUGUCGAAAGACAGCGCGGACAAAGCAGACUCUUUUUCGAGCACAAAGAUUAGCAAUGUAAGCAAUUCUGUUGGAAAUCACCCUACGAGUGAAACGGACUCUCAUUCGUUAGAUUCUCAAACUCAUGGCUCUGUGGUGAAAUUUACAACGCAAGUAAAUGAACAGAAUUCCAGUUCGGGUGAAGCGGUUGUGGCAGUCAAAAAGAAGGAUUCGGAACCGAGGUUAGGGGCGCCUAGCGAAUUUGCAAAACAUAGUGAUAUUUCAAUAGCCAGAGUUUCAUCUACAGCGUUGGAUACUUCAGACAGAGCAUCGCCAUCGCUUGAAGGAGCGCAGCCGAUCGCUGCCGUCGCCGCAAGGUAAGAUAAUUUUGAACAGUGAGCUACCUGUGAGGUACAACGUGGUUGUGAAAUCGAUUUGAUGUCCUUAGCGAUCUCUCACAUGAAAGCGGCUUUAAUAAUUGCUCACAGACAUCUUUAGGGGGGCCUUUUUUUGAAUGGAUACGAUCUCUACGUCUUUUCACUUCAAAAGAGUCCUAAAUGGCAGUGUUAAAAGUUACUCACUCUCUCUGACUCAAUGAUUUAUUGAUGUUCUUUUCCCCAGACAGCUUGGUAAUUUACUCGCGGUUUACUCGUUCAUAGAUUCUUUGUUUGAACAUUAUACCUCGAUCAGCGCCAACCAUAAGCAUUGUAUCUUUUGGAUCAUUGUUGCGGUUCGUUGAUAAUCCAGAUAUAAACUUUUUUACUGUUGUGAUCGGGUAUUUUAGAAUGAAUUGACCUACAUCGACCCUGGAAGUGCUGUAAAAUGCGAUUUGAUUUACAGUUUGCCUUUGUUGUUUACAUUUUGUAUAAUUUUCACGUGAAUUGAACCAAGCUAUAUUUUUGAAUUAGCACAACAAACAGCUUAGUUUUGCUUUGAGCUUGAACGUUGCUUAUUUUAUUUUCAUCAACGAAUUUUUAGUACAUUCUUGUUUGAAUGACGAUGUCGAUGAAAAUUUGUACCAAAUAUCAUUUACCGGAAAGUGAAACAAUUCAUUCCUACAACGUCGAACUAUCUCAACUAUUUUUUCAUGAUCACCAAGAAUUUCAGCGUAAAAGAUUUGGCAAACACGAAAUACGUGAGAGGAAAUCGCUCGCAAUUAUUCGGCCCUAUCUUAGUGGUACAAGAAGGAAACGCCGGUUGCCACUCUAUUAGGAAAUGUCUGUGCUUUGCAAUUUCAAAACAGAAGAAAGUAAGAGCCUUAAAAUGCCACAAAUGUUUGGAUUUGAGAAAUUGCUUUAUUCAAUGUGAAGAUAUGGGGUGUAUCCUUUUUUUGUGUCCUGUAUCGUCUCGGUUUACUGUGGUUUGAAGUUUUAAUUUCUAUCUUUUUUUUUUUUUUUUUUUUUUUUCACUGAAAUUACAAUUUUAGUUCUUAUUAUUUCAGCAGGCAUUUUUUUCUUGCCCAUUAUAUGCUGCAAUCCAUCUGUUAUGUCUUUCACUAAAGAUCUAAGGUGGAUUUUUGAUGAUUUCAUGGAGGUAAAAUGAAAAGAUACAAUUUUUUAGAGCCUUGCUGCUCAAUACAUCUUAGGAGGAUUGUAAUAUUUUAAGUCACAUCCUGAUCUCUUAGUGGUUAAUUUUGCUACUUUCUUAGACUUACUUACUUCAUUAGAAAUGUUUAAUUUAACAUUCCUGUGUUAAAGCAGGCCAGAAAAGCCUAUUUCCAAAAUUAAAUGAAUAAAAACCAAAUAUGAAAAUAAUUAAAAGAAGUAUUGAAGUUGAAAAUCAAUUUUUCCUAGAAAGGAGAAAGUCUUUCCUGCCACAUAAAUUGCCAACCUUGCUAUCAUUUCAGAGCUUUGUUUGAAUUCUUUUCUUUGUCGGUUAUGCUUUUAAUGAGCCUUGUUGAAGAGUUUUUGUAUAUUUUUCAUGCUGUGAAUGUAACAAAGGUAAUGCAGAUCUUUAACAAAUAUAAGUUUCUCUCCUGGUUGGAUAUGAAAACAGUUAUUACAAGGAGACAAGACGUAGCCAAUAGCAAGAAAGUAUGUUUUGCAGACCCAGUGUAGGUCAAGGAAAUUUGUUCAGCAUCAAAGAGCAAUAUUUGGCAAAAAUAUUCAUGGUGACUGAAAAAGGCAUUAGAUUACCUUUUUUUUGUUUCAAUGAGUGAACAUAGACAAUGGUAUUACAAAUAUUAAGCAUGUCUGUUUCAUUAAUGUGUAAUAUGAGUAUUGGGAAAAGAAAUUCAAACUUCAGUGUACACUUAUAAUUUCUCCCAGCAUUUUCAUUAACGAUUUUUUUAAGUUAAUUACAAGAUACUGAAAGAUAUUAGUAUGUAAACAAAAUGAAAAUCUGGGUUGUUUAUUUCCUGACUCUGGAAUUGUCACAUUUCUGCUUGCAUCUCCUUCACUGCUGCUAAGCUGAUUUCUUUCAUCAAUUAUUUAUUACAACACAAAAGGAUAGAAUGAUAUUGUAACAAGACGUAGUGUCCAUCUUUUAAAGUGUGAAUGUAUGCUCCAAAAAGUAGACUAUUCAAUAUUUACUGCCUUUAUUUGAUAGUGAUGCAAGUUUAUUCUUCUCUGUCUCUAAUGUGAUGUAUGUGGGCUAAAUAAGUGUAGUCAAGGAAACAUGAUUUGGAAAGGAUUUUAAAGAAUUUGGCUUUAAAGAGUUAUCAACAUCUUAGAUUUUUUGGUCAAGAGCAUCUGUAACUCAAGCCAGCCUUGUUAAUAUCCAGUCAUUCUUGUAGAGCUUAGCCAAGGGUGAUGAAGUGAUGCUUGUUGUUUGUACAAAAAUGUUAAGAACCAAAGGCUAUGAAAGUAUGUUGGUAAGAUGUAUUGGACUUGAGUAAUCUAACUUACAAAUAUGUUGAUGAAAGAAAUCAGUGUCAGUCUUAGUUCAGUGAACUUUAUGUGGAUUUGUCUCUUGUAUAAAAGUAACCCUCCUUGGAACACACAUUUGGUUCAGAAACACCUGUGCAUAGUUUUAUUAUUACUUCCUAUGUGAGGAAUGUUUUUCAAGUGCAUUGAAGUCAAAUAUUGUAAGAGGUGGAUUUGUGUAACUAAAAUCCAAUGGUUGUUGGGCCAAUACUUAAGGUUAAUUUAUUUUGCAACAUUAAUUAUUGAUUAACUGAUAGUUUUCUGAAUGUAUCCUGUAUAAGAAUGUUUCUCAUGUUGUGAAUUUUUAUCUUUCAGUGUGGGAGAGGCGGAGUUACCUAUUGUUAAUAAAAUUGCCUCAGCAAUGGUAUGUACAUAACAAAUUUUCCUUAAAAUUUUGGAGAUUAGAUAGAGGUCUUACUUUAGGCAACCUUGGAUCUUUCAUCAUUUUGCCACAGUUCUCACUGAAGGAGUUGUUUUUCUUAUAGGCACUGAGUUUAGAGGUAGUUUUAUGGACAGACAGGUUCUUAAGGAGUGGUUUGGUCCUUGUUAAUAUUAUGGGGUAAUUCAGGAGGCUAUAUCUUAUGAGGCAAUCUCUGACUUUUUAAAAAUGUAUUUCCUUUCAUCUUUUCAACAUUGUCAUUGUAACAUGGCAAAUUGAUGAUGAAUUUGUUUGCAUGUGUGUGGCUUAGAGAAAGAUCUUUUUCUAAUAACUUAAUGUGUCUUUGUCAAUACACAUCCUGGUUGUGUAGGCCCCUUAAAUCUAUCAAAUACUCCUUUUCUGUUUGUACACUUCAGAGCCAUCUGAAAACAGUUAAAUUGACUGUGUUUUGCCAUCUCCUAUUUGCUCAAAUAAUGUGUCAGUCCAAAAAAGGGUUUUUGUUGACAAGUGUGGACUGUCAAUAAUUGUGAUAGGACUGUGUGGAGUCCAAUUCGGUCUGUGAUCAUACAAGUGAUUAACAAAAGUGAAGGACCACUAAGUAGGAGCUUGGUUUAGUUAAUAACAAAUAUGACUACAGACAGAAUUGAAUGACACAAAGUCCUGUUACAAGUUAAUCAAAACUAUGAAAAAAUUUGGAAAAGAAACUAGAUAUCAAUAACACAUUUUCAUUAAAAAAAAAAAAACCAAUUGUUAACUCCGCAAAAUGAAAGACAACAGCAUGAGGGUAUGAUGCUUACUGUCCACUUACAUAGGCAUGACAUGUCAACUGUCCUGUUGUGCUGUCCAGUUACAAAUAUGAGGCCUGCACUGUCCUAUUAUUAUUCAAAUUGGACUGGUGAUAACGAGUCGUGUUCAAGCAUUUUGUGAUAGUUUGAUUAUGUUGUGAAGAGUACACUUUGGUGAAAUAAAUGUCUUCAACUCUGGCCUGGUGAUAUGUGGGCUGUUCAAUCUAUGAAGGAACCCCUGGUUAUUCUUUCACUCUUCAGUGUGUCUUAGAAGGAUUUUUUUUUUUUUUUUUUUUAAGAAGAUCAUCCAGGUAAAAGCAGAGAGACAAAAGAUGACGAUGCCUUUUAUGAGAGUAAUAAUUACCUUUGUUUUACUUGGCAGGAACAAAUUACUCAGAUCAAGUCAGACCUCUUAAGUGUUGUGAAUAAAGAAGUGCAGACAUUAAAAGAAACAAUAUCUAAACUUACCGAGGAGAAUCAAGAACUUAAACAAGAAAAUGAAAAAUUACGGAACUUGGUAGUAAACAGGAAAACAUCAACAUAAUGAUAACAACAACAGACUCCACCUAAAUCAAUGAGUCGUGCACUUUGGACAACACCAGACUUGACAGUUAAAGAGGCCAAGUAAGCAUUUCACAGCGUCAUGUUCUAGCUCACUCCUGGAUUGUACCAAGAUGUUUUAGCGGUUUGCUUUUUCCAAGUUGGGUUUAAGCUAAUGCAAGAUCCUUCCAGUACUGAAUUGUCCUAUAUCAUGUCAGCAUGUUAGAAUGGUCCAACUGAAGACUUAAUACAGAAUGCUAGAGCUUUGAUCAUCAAAAGCCAAGUGCUAGUAAUUUUCCACACAGUGUUUACUAAAUUUGCAAAGGUUUUGGCUUCUUGGGGUCAAGUCUGAUUACCUCUGAAGAGUGAGUAACCCUUGAGAAGGCUCUCCUUGAGGAAAACUAUCUUUCAAGCCAACAAGCACAAUAAAGAAGAAAGAGUUGCCCGCUGAUUUACUAUUGCCUUAGUUUAAUAAAAGCUUGUGUGUUACUAACUGAGACAUUUGGUAAUAAUUAUUUGAAAUAAUAAUAAUUAUGAGGAAUAACAGAUUUGAGAGCUGGGCAUCUUGUGCAGCAUUGCGAAUUGUUGGUCAUUAGACUUUUGCAAAAAGUUUUCCUGUCCAUGAACACUUUGUGGAGUGUGAUAUUAAUGAAAGUGGACCAUGGAGGAAGAAAUAUACCAUAAGUAAAAAGCUUCCCGCAAAGAAACAAAACUGAAAUUGGCAAUUAUUCUGGGUAUGCUUUGAAUAGCAAGAAGUUUCAAAGACCACUGCUUUUCUGGACAGAAUGCAAGUUACAAAUAUUUAGCUUCUUUGAUACUCAGAAGAUGGUGAACACAGAAAAUAUUUUUGAUUGUGAUUGUGUGGUAGAAAGUAGGCCAAUCAGACAUGAGAAAAUUUAAUUGUUGGCAAGUAGUGCUUUUGUGGAAUUCUUGCAAGUCCUGAUCUCCAAUAUAAUGGACUUCCCACAAAAAGUAUUGCAGAAAUAUUUUGGGUGUUCAUGGUUUUGUGAGUGUUACAGUUAGAGUUGAAUUUUGUGGCAAGAUUCUCCACAAGUUUUUUGGGUUUAAGAAAGUGCACUAUCAAAAAAACUGAUAUUAUCUCCCAGAGCUUUUCAACACAACAGUAAUUAGUGAAGAUGUAUUGAAAUUUAUCCUGGAUAUGUAUAAUUUGUUCAAGUUAUCAAAAGCUGCUUUUACUAUCAAUGAACAUUGUGACAUCCAUGGCCAUGACCUCACUGGAUUAGCAAUGGAACAGAGAGUCCCACAAUGGUUGUGAUAAGCUUAUAAACAUAGAUUUAUUUUUCUCUGUAAAAAAGAAAUUGAAAGUAUUGUCCUCAGAAAAAGUUGCAUUAUUUUGAGACAAGCUGAUUUACACAGAAUAAGAGGUUACAGCUACCUUAAGUUAGUAACAAAUUUGUAUUUAUUUUAAUUGGAAAAUGGUAAAGCUGUUGAAUUAACUUCGUAGGUAAGCUUAGCCUUUUUGAUUCUCACAUGUUUUCCUAAAUGUCUGUUGAGAAAAUUUUCCUCCAGUCAAAGCAUUCUCAUAUCCUUCAGGAGUCUUUGAUGCUACCGUACUAGGAACAAUAAAGACAAUCACGACAUUGAC